CCACCUAAACGAGUUCAACACGAUUUGCGCCAUGGCUGAUUCGGAGAAUUUCCAUUUCAAAAACGAGGCUGGUGAGCCUCAGACCAUCAAGAGCAAGGACCUGGUCGCAUCCAUUGCCAAUCAGCACGGGAGUUCGACCAUCAUAUACCUUGAACACGAGGGGGACGACACAUCUGCUACACCAAAGUUGACAAUUGCCCAGGGAGACGCUCCCCACACCGCCCAACCCCCUGAUACAAGUGACACAGAGACGCACAUCAUUGUCUCUACCGCCUCAGGCACAAACAAGGCCACAUCCUUCUACGCACAAGUCGUACAGCCCGUCCUGGAAACCCUCUACCCCAAGGGUCAUCUGAACUUCAUUCUCCACCACACCAAGUCACCAGAGACGAUCAAAGAACUCGCCUCCGACGUAUUUCUUCCCACCGCAAACGCCGGUACUUCUGUCCGCAUCAUACUCCUCUCCGGCGACGGUGGCAUCAUCGACCUUCUCAAUUCCCUCCUCUCCAGUCCCACUUCCAAAACUCACAAAACCCCUCAAGUAGUGCUCAUUCCCCUAGGCACUGCAAAUGCCCUUUACCAUUCCAUCAAUGCCACCACUACCGACUCAACAUGGGGUCUCCGCAAUCUAGCCAGCACGCACACCAAGCCUCUCCCAAUUUUCACAGCUUCCUUCUCAUCAGGUGCCCGCAUACUCGUAGAUGAAGCCCGCAGCGAACAGGCCCUCCCAAAACAUCCCAUUACACACCUCCCCACCCUCCAUGGCGCCGUCGUAUGUAGCUGGGGCAUGCAUGCCUCGCUCGUCGCCGACAGCGACACCGCCGAGUACCGCAAAUUCGGCGUCCAGCGCUUCCAAAUGGCCGCCAAAGAAGCGCUAUACCCCUCUGACGGUUCCGCUCCGCACACCUACCGCGCCACUGUCUCUAUCCUUCAAAAUAGUGAAUGGACUCCGUUGAUGGAUGAUGCCGCACAAGAACAUAUGUAUGUUCUCGCGACUAUGGUGUCUAACCUCGAAAAGCCACUUUGUAUCUCCCCUGCUUCAAAACCGUUGGACGGAAGUUUGCAUCUGGUACAGUUCGGCCCUACGACUGGCGACGAGGCGAUGAGGAUUAUGGGGUUGGCAUAUCAAGGCGGGAAGCAUGUCGAUGAUCCGUUGGUGCGGUACGAGAGUCUGGAAGGGCUGAGGAUCGCGUUUGAAGGGAAAGAGGGCGAAGGGCGGUGGAGGAGAAUAUGCGUGGACGGAACUAUUGUUCGGCUAGAGGAGGAUGGGUGGGUUGAGGUUAGGAAAGUAGAGCGAAGAGUUUUGGACGUCGUUGUUGGGUGAAGAGUGUAGGUAGAGAUGAGAGGGCAUGAGAGAUGAUCUACAUACUGUUGCAUGGUUGCGAUUAUGAUCAUUGUAAC